CUUUUCAAGUUCAGGAAGAAACUACCUGCUCCGCCAUUGACAACUUGGCACAAUGUGCCCAGCAGGACCAGUGUGAGUAAACCAGAGGGUUUUCUGCAACAUGACCCACGGGGACAGUGCAGGUCCUGUUUGCAGCCUGAAGUUUGUGACCCUCCUGGUGGUCCUAGGUCCAGAACUCCUAUUCCUGGGAGCCGGAGUGCAGCUUCAAGAAAAUGGGUAUAAUGGAUUACUUGUUGCAAUCAAUCCUCAGGUAUCCGAGGAUCAGAACCUCAUCCCAAACAUUAAGGAAAUGAUAACUGAAGCUUCUUAUUACCUAUUCAAUGCUACCAAGAGAAGAGUGUUUUUCAGAAAUAUAAAGAUUUUAAUACCUGCCACAUGGAAAGCAAAUAAUUACAGCAAAGUAAAACAAGAAUCAUAUGAAAAGGCAAAUGUCAUAGUGACUGACUGGUAUGGGGCACAUGGAGAUGAUCCAUAUACCUUGCAAUACACAGGGUGUGGAAAAGAGGGAAAAUACAUUCAUUUCACACCUGACUUUCUACUAAAUGAUGACUUAACAGCUGGCUAUGGAUCACGAGGCAGAGUGUUUGUUCAUGAAUGGGCUCAUCUCCGUUGGGGUGUGUUUGAUGAAUAUAACAAUGAGAAACCUUUCUACAUAAAUGGGCAAAAUCAAAUUAAAGUAACAAGGUGUUCAUCUGACAUCACAGGCAUUUUCUUGUGUGAAAGAGGCCCUUGCGCCCAAGAAAACUGUAUUAUUAGCAAGAUUUUCAAAGAAGGAUGCAUGUUUAUAUACAAUAGCACCCAAAAUGCAACUGCAUCGAUAAUGUUCAUGCCAAGUUUAUCUUCUGUGGUUGAAUUCUGUAAUGCAAGUACCCACAACCAAGAGGCUCCAAACCUGCAGAACCAAAUGUGCAGCCUCAGAAGUACCUGGGAUGUAAUCACAGACUCUGACGACUUUAAUAACAGUUUUCCCAUGAAAGGGACUGAGCUUCCGCCUCCUCCCACGUUCUCUCUCAUACAGGCUGGAGACAAAGUGGUCUGUUUAGUGCUGGAUGUGUCCAGCAAGAUGGCAAAGGCUGACAGACUCCUUCAACUGCAACAAGCAGCAGAAUUUUACUUGAUGCAGAUUGUUGAAAUUCAUACCUUUGUGGGCAUUGCUAGUUUUAAUAGCAAAGGGACAAUCAGAGCCCAGCUACACCAAAUUAACAAUGAUGAUGACCGAAAGCUCCUGGUUUCGUAUCUGCCUGCCACUGUGUCAGCUGAAGCAGAAACCAGUGUCUGCUCAGGGCUGAAGAAGGGAAUUGAGAUGGUUGAAAAACUGAAUGGAAAAGCCUUCGGCUCUGUGAUGAUACUAGUGACCAGUGGAGAUGAUGAGCAUAUCACCAACUGCUUCCUCACUGUGCUCAGCAGUGGUUCAACUAUUCAUACCAUUGCUCUGGGUUCAUCUGCGGUCAAAAACCUGGAGGAAUUAUCACAUCUUACAGGAGGUUUAAAGUUCUUUGUUCCAGAUAAAUCAAAUUCCAGUAGCAUGCUUGAUGCUUUCAGUAGAAUUUCCUCUGGAACUGGAGACAUUUUUCAACAACAUAUUCAGCUUGAAAGUAUAGGUGAAUAUGUUAAACCUCGCCAUCAACUGAAAAACACUGUGACUGUGGAUCACAGUGUGGGCAAUGACACUACCUUUCUAGUCACAUGGCAGACCAGUGGUCCCCCUGAGAUUGUAUUAUUUGAUCCUAAUGGAAGAAAAUACUACACAGAUGAUUUUACCACCAAUCUAGCUUUUCGGACUGCUCGCCUCUGGAUUCCAGGAACUGCUAAGCCCGGGCUAUGGACUUACACGCUGAACAAUACCUAUCAUUCUCCUCAAGCCUUGAAAGUGACAGUGACCUCUGGUGCCUCCCGCUCAGCCGUGCCCCCUGCCACUGUGGAAGCCUUUGUGGAAAGAGACAGCACCCAUUUUCCCCAUCCUGUGACAAUUUAUGCAAUUGUGAGAAAGGGGUUUUAUCCCAUUCUCAAUGCCACUGUAACUGCUACAAUUGAGUCAGAGACUGCAGAUCCUGUUAUGCUGAAACUUUUUGAUGAUGGAGCAGGUGCUGAUGUUAUAAAAAAUGAUGGAAUUUACUCGAGGUAUUUUUUCUCCUUUGCUGUAAAUGGUAGAUAUAGCUUGAAAGUGCAUGUCAAUCAUUCUCCCAGCAUAAGCGCCCUAGCCCACUCUAUUCCAGGAAGUCAUGCUAUGUACGUACCAGGUUACAUAACAAAUGGUAAUAUUCAGAUGAAUACCCCAAGAAAAUUGGUGGGCAGGAGAGAGGAAGAGCAAAAGUGGGGCUUCAGUCGAAUAAGCUCAGGGGGUUCUUUUUUUGUGCUGGGCAUUCCAGCUGACCCACAUCCUGAUGUGUUUCCACCAUGCAAAAUUAUUGACCUGGAAGCUGUAAAAGUAGAAGAAGAGGUGACUUUAUCUUGGACAGCACCUGGAGAAGACUUUGAUCAGGGCCAGGCCAACAGCUAUGAAAUAAGAGUGAGUAAAAGUCUACAGAAUAUUCAAGAUGACUUUCACAAUGCCAUUUUAGUGAAUACAUCAAAGUUAAAUCCUCAGCAAGCUGGUACCAAGGAGAUAUUUACAUUCUCAUCAGAGUUUUUCACAAAUGGACCUGAACAUCAACCUGAUGGAGAGACACAAAAAAGUCACAGAAUUUAUGUGGCAAUACGAGCAGUAGAUAGGAACUCCUUAAAGUCUGCUGUAUCUAAUGUUGCUCAGGUAUCUCUGUUGAUUCCCCCAAAUUCUACUCCUGUAUUUGCCAGAGAUAAUCUUAUAUUGAAAGGAGUUUUGACAGCAAUGGGUUUUAUAGGAAUCAUUUGCCUCACCAUAGUUGUAACACACUGUGUUUUAAACAGGAAAAAGAGAGCAGACAAGAAAGAGAAUGAAACAAAAUUAUUAUGAACAAAUGUGCAGAGUACUUUCCCUCUUACAUAUAAGACCCAUGGCUUUUGCACUUUACAAAAACAAGCCAAUAAAGUCAAAUUAACAUCAGAUUAUUAAAAAUGCUUUGAGUUUUUGUGUAGUAUAGAUCAGAUUUUUACAUGGUAAAUAGACAAAAAAAUCUUUUAUAACACUAAUGGAGGCAGAAGGGAAUUAGAAAACCUUUAAGCUUUGGCUAUGGACAAAAAAAUAAAAGUUAUUCUCUAAGGUAAUGUAUUUAAAGGCAAAGGCAAUGGCAAAAUUGAAUCAGAGUCAAUAAAAGCUUGCCUUAUUGAAGAAAAAUAAUAGCCCAAGUAGAGAAAAGGAAGUUAGGCCUGAAUGAUAUAGUAUAACUAUCUAUGUGAAGCAAUUGUUUAGUUGCUAUGAUUAAUUUUUAAUUCCCCUUUAUCUGUUCAGAACAGGUUGCUUGUUAAUGACUAAAGAUCACGCUGUAUUUUACAUAUGAAGUGCCUAUUGUAAAGUUCUUUACCUCUUUCCAUUUGGUUAACUAUACUACAGAUAGAUCCCACUGAUAGUGCUCAAAGAGAUGUUGGUUCACUAUAAGAGUUAACCUUAAAAUGUAGGUAUUAUCCUUGUCCCCUGACACUGGUUUUAUAACAGAGGCCUAUUGAAUUUAUUGUUUAUAACUUUCUACUCUCAUCAAAGCAGGUUUCCAAGUUAUUUGCCUUGGCUGGUAUUCAAGGAAAAUGGUUAUAGUUUUCAUAAGACUUUAGAUAAAGAAUGAAAGACAUAGUUCUGAGCUUAUUUUAAAACAUAUCAAUAUAUAGGCUAUAUAAUUUUAUUCACUUUCAAACAAGGAAGAGGUGACAGGGAGGGACGGACCUUUGGACAUUUUUAACUGAUUCUGGUUUUUUUUUGUUGUUGUUUAAAUAAGACUACAGGAAUCCUUUUCCCACAAAGGGUGAUUUACCUACAGGUAUUAACCUACAGGGGUGGAGG